AUGCAAAUUUUUGCCGCGUGUUUAAUUUUAGCGCCUUUCCUAUCUUUUACGGUCCAUGCAUUUCUUCCAAGGAUUAACUCAGCAAAAGCAAAAUCAGAAACAAAGGAUCACACUUUGAUCACAAGAAAUGGGUUACUUAAGACAGUUAUAUACUUUUUCUUCGACAACCCCCAGUAUUUGAAGGACGAAUCCUUGACUGAUUUUCUUCAAGGUGUCCUAUCUGAAUUAGGAGAGCAACCGACUGCAGGUAAAGAUGCUUUGAACACCAUCUCUUCGCAAAUCAAGUUCAUCAAUGCCAUCAACGCGAUUCAGAGCGCUAACGUGGAAGUUGAUCCAUUAAACAGGAAGGCAGAGGAACACUUUGAUGGCGAGAAGUUCCAACAAGGCGCAAAGCGCCUCAUCCGAUUGCGCCAAGAGCUGAUAACUUCCCUUCUGAAGGGUGAUAAGCUAAAACAUGCUCGGAACUUGGCAGGUUCCGCACUGCACACUUUACAAGAUUUCUACAGCCGCUCAAACUGGAUAGAGCUCGGCAAUUCCGUUCCAUUUGAUGUUUUGGGUCAACCCGGAAACGAGAUUUCGGAAAUAUUCGUUGCAGGACCGAAUGAAGCAACAUGCACGGGCUGUCUCUCAGACCAAGACAGAAAUGAUAAAUGUGGGACAAAUCUGAUCACAGGAAAACUUACGAGCGGAUAUCGGUCAGGACAAGACGUAAGGAAACCGGUAAACAAAGGAAAGUGUAGCCACGGUGGGAGGACAGACGACAGUAGUUUUCAGUCUGCGACAGGUGGAAUUAACAAAGAUUCUACGUCGAUAGAGGAAUCACCCCAUGCAAGGUAUGAGACCUUUGAUAAAGAAAAAAAUGCCAUGUAUUAGCAAUUGCGUGCUGUAGUUCUUGUAGCAUAAAAUAAUGCAUUCGGCUAAGGUAAAGAUCGUUAUAGUGUGGUUGAUCGUCCCGGUGAGUGUAGGUGAAGGUGAAGAUCCUUAAAAAAAAAAUUCACAGGAUUCAUUUUCUUGUAUUAGAGAAGUUCCUAUAGAGGUAGAAGAACGUAUCUUUAUGCAAUUUGGUCGAAAUUAAAGUGAAAGUGCACUACCAAGUUAUCGAAACUUCCGGGUGCUUUGUCAGCGACUAUUUUGAGCACGACAGUUGGUAAAGGAUAACGAAAGAUCAUUGCUAUAAUUAGGACCGGAAGAAGUCCGUUUCAGCAAGACGGGCAAUUGACAUAAUAUAAUAUCUUAAAAACGAGCCUUUGUUACUCAGCCGCUACUUGUAAGUAUAAAUACUGAAAAAGGGUCAAAUUAAAGAAGACCUUUAGUUUAUCUUCGAUGAAGUGUGAAAUGAGCUUAUUUAAUGAAAAGCAUCGGUGAACUACCGUCUGACGUCUAAAAAACAUCCUUUAAAACUGAGAGGGGUGAAAGAGGGAAGAUCUUUAUAUGAUACCUGAUGUCUUCCAUCUCAGUUUCGCCAUGCCGUAUAAAAUCGAAGAAGGGGUCUUGUUUAACCACACAGUUUAUCAACACUACAUAACAAUGAUGAUACUGAAUAAUAAUCACCAGCCUUUGUUUAUAAGUAAUUACUUAACACAACAAACCUCACACGAAUGUACCGGAAGUGUCAAAUUGGCAUAUAUUGUAAUUCUAUUUUUGGUGAUAUGACUAAUGUGCUUUUGUAAACAAAGCGAGUGAAAAGAAACCACCAAAAGAUUUCAUGCGUCCUGCGAAGAGAGACGUGUUCGUGAUCUCAGAGCUCUUUCAUCUCAGUUUCAUCAUGGAACGUUGAACAUCGAGUCCAUGAACAGGAAGCGAAAAAUUCGAUUUGUUCACUCGAGGAAUUGAUCUUUCCUGAUCUCUCGCACAAAAAUACAGUUGGCUCAUUCGAGUACUAAUCAGUUCACAGAGCAGGACAAGUUUAUAGGCUUUUAUGAAUGCAAUUAGAGUGCUGUGAAGAAAAACUAGUGUAAUGCUAAAAUUUAUAUUACGAAUAAAUGCAUUGGCUCAGGCCAAACAUCACUGGGGCCAAGAAACAAUAGAUUACACAAGGAAACGAAAUAUAAAUGAAAUAUAACCAACUGUGAUCUGAGAGAACCAUGCGCGCUUUAGCUUUGUAAGAAAUAAUUCACGAGUUAGACUUGGGUAAUGAAACAAUUUUCAUUUAAUAUUUGAGUGAGAAGACUACGAAAAGAGGUAAAUUUUUAAAUCAGUCUUUCGGCAAAGAAGUGCGAGCAUGAUUUAGUCUUGAGGAAUCAAAUGUAGAACACCAGACCCUCGGAUUGUUUUCGUUGGUGCGUCACGACUCUGCUCCAGAGCAUCAUUGGUAACAUCUACGACAAGCAACCUGCAUACCUCUUGGAUGGGCAGUAUUUAGUACUAAAGACGCUUCUCUAAUAUGAACCUACUUUAAGCAAGGCUAUCCCUUGAGUUCUCUGAGCAUUGUGGUUAAACGUCCAAGCUCAAUCUUGAGGACUGCAUGGGGACCUUUCUUUGUAUGGUAUUCAGAUUUUCUCUAUCUUGUCACGCUCGUUUCAAAACAUGUAACCAUUUUUUUUAAUUUGACGCGUACCAUCUUGAUUUCUCUUAAAUUUAGCCUUCAUAAAGUCGCGGCUGAUCUGGCCUUCGAAGCAACAUAUCUUUUUCUAAGUGACAUCCGUUCGACGGUUGGCGACGACAUCUUCGCCAAGUUUCUCAACUUGAAUUCAGACGAGAGCAUGGCUUUGGUAAUUGAUGUAUCAGGCAGCAUGAGCGGUGAGUCCUUUGAGCUUUGCGAUUAAAUUACUGAAGGAAAAAAUUGGAGGGUGGGGAGGUACGAGGGGGCCUUCGAGUUCGUUAUGAAAUGAUGUAAGUAAAUCUUGGUUUGCAAUGUCAUUUGUUAGGAUUAUUUUGCUUGUUCAACGAUUUUAUUUCCCUAUAAACUAUUUGUUUUCUCUAAAAAAUGACACGGAGUCUAGGUCAAAUUAUUUAUGAGUGUAUGUAAUACAAAGGACCUGGUUAAUUUAUUCUUUGCGAAGUGUGCGCUCAACUUCGCAAAAUCACUUUAUUUGCACAAGUGGUAAGAUCGUCACAAUAGUUACAUAAAGCAUUUCUUUUAAAUAUUUCAAAAUAGAUGAAAUCGAGGAAGUCAAGAGAGUCUCAGUUGACUUCGUUCGCAACACUCUGGAAAAGGAAGGAGUAUCCUUCACGUACAUACUUGUGCCGUUUAGCGAUCCAGGUAAGUCUGCGCUUGAGACAAGUGAGCUACACAAUCGGCGCUCUUUCCGUUUCUGUGAACUUUAAACCUUGUGCAUAUUACAACACCUCUUGGAUGGGACGCUAAUCAAUCUUAUGAGACCCACUCCCACCCUUGCUUCCCAAAUAUUUCGUCAGUUCUCUGUGAGUGUCCCCUGGUACCCUGGAAUACCCCUGAGUAGAGAGAGGCAUGUCAAAAUAUGUUUCUCGCCCGAGUCUUAACACAAUAAACCAGGAAAAUGCUCGAACUCUGGCCGGAAAAUGUUUACAGUUUAAUAAGAGAAGGUCGUCCGUAAACCAACUAUACUGAGGGACUUUAGGAGUUGAUGAACUUUAAACAACGUGCUGUUUUACUUGGACUCACAAAGAUGGGGGCUGACUCCAUGAAUUUAACCUGGUCUACGUUUCGCUAUGGAGAGAUGUGUUAUUAGCUCAUAUUUUCUCCCACAGAGGUUGGCCCUGUCACCGUGACAAACGACCCCUAUCAAGUGAUCAACGCGGUAAAAAAUUUAACUGCAAACGGAGGCGGAGAUUGUCCGGAGCUGGGAAUGACUGGUCUUUAUCAGGCUCUUCUCCACUGCCUACCUGAAAGUGCGAUCUACUACUUUUCGGAUGCAGACGCGAAAGACUUCCAGCGUGAAAAUGAGGUCAUGUCCCUUGCGAAGGACAAGAAAGUUAAAAUCUCUUUCAUUCUAACUGGUCAGUGCAGCCGACGCAGACGGGAUUUGUCAGCGAGUCGUAUCCAGGACGUCGCGGUCGUCCCCAAAGAGAUUCAUCGAGUAAGGAGAAAUGCUCAAGGUCAAGCACUUUACCAGGCUCUCGCCACUGAGACAGGGGGACAAGUCCUAAAACUAGUAAGGCUCAAGUAGCUGAUGUUGUCAAGGUGAUCGAUCCUGCUGGUUCAUCAAACUCAUCCGUGGCUCUGCAAGAAGUUGAAUUGCUAAACAUUAAGGAAACUUCAGCACGUUACUUUAGCAGAGUUGUUUAUAUUGUUGAUAUCGACAGCACACUAAAGAGUUUAGUUCUCAUACUAACAGCUGCUGGAUCACCAAAUUUACAAGUAACUAGUGUUGAAGGUAAUGGAGCAGAAAAGAAUGGUUUUAACAUGAAAAAAGUGUGACUAAUGUCAUCAUUAUUAUGACCAUCAUCAUCCUUAUUCACGGCUAUCAUUACUGUCAUCUUGCUAUAGUAAUGAUGAUGAAAAUGAUGGUGAUGGUAGUGCAGGGGUAUAGAGAGCGUGCACGAAAAAGCCUCUUUAAAAAAAAAACCUCAUUCAUUCAUUUAUGAAGGAGAGAGAUAAUUUGAUUUCAGAUUGUAAUGCCAACAAGUCUAAGAAUGUAAUCAACUAGCCUAUGUAAUAUUCAGUAAUAAUCUUUGUUUUUCUUUAAGGAAAUUCAGGAAUACAGGAAAACAUUAUCAGCUCCUCUAGUGAGCUUCUAAUAAAAGAGAUCGCCAAUUUAAACAGCAGCUCACUGAAGCUUACCGUCAGCUGUCAGGGUCCCUAUACAUUGCAAGCUACUGGUUCCAGUUCAAUCGACUUUACAUACCAGCUUUUGGACGUAGAGGACGAGGAACGAGGAAACACAAGGCGAGUGCUUGGAAAUCCUCUAAGAGGUAAGACAGUCACAGAAACCAAUCAGAAACCAGUCACAGAAACCAAUCACACGCUUGCGUAUCGAUAACCUUCCAGAUUUGUAUAACUGAAUUGAUAAAUUCUCUUUCAAACAGCCCACAGGAAGGCCCUUCCUCAGGAUAAGUUAAUGCGAAGUAUUUGUUGAAAUCUCAAUUGAAAUGAUAACUCGCUGCCUGACAAUCAAGCUUUCACGGCCAAGGGCAAAUUUGAACUAAUUUUUGGUAGGGAAAAAAAGCCAAGUCCUAUUGUUCACUCCAUUACAGGUCAAACUUUGCUUCUUACAUUGGACUUCGUUGGUCAAGAAAUUGACGAAGUGACCAAUUUAACUCUUGUUGGCAUUGACGGAACAAGCUUGGAAACCUUCAACAUAACACAAGGAGAAGGGUUCUACCAGGAUUUCUAUUACGUCAAAUUCAUUCCAUCAGCAGACAGGUUUAGAAUUAAAGUGACAGGUUUUGACACAACAGGAGCCAAAUUUCAGCGGGUGAAACCAACCUUAUUUACUCUUGGUGACGUCAAACUGUCCCAAAACGUCCAGUAG